GCAGCGGUUCUGCCAUAUUGAGCCGCAGACAGGCUGACUGCUGCACACAAAUACCUGUUUCAUUUGUCACGGAGAUAAUUUUACCUGGACAAGACUACUGUUGUUAAAGCGUAGAAGAUUACAGACACUAAAAAUGGUGCUGUUGGCUGCAGCAGUGUGCACCAAGGCGGGAAAAGCUUUGGUGUCACGGCAGUUUGUGGAGAUGACACGGACGCGUGUGGAGGGCCUGCUGGCCGCCUUCCCUAAGCUGAUGAACACAGGCAAGCAGCACACAUUUGUGGAGACUGAGAGUGUGCGCUACGUCUACCAGCCUCUGGAAAAACUCUACAUGGUGCUGGUCACCACCAAGAACAGCAACAUCUUGGAGGACCUGGAGACUCUUCGCCUUUUCUCACGUGUGAUUCCUGAGUACUGCCGCGUCCUGGAGGAAAGCGAGAUCUCGGAGCACUGCUUCGACCUCAUCUUCGCCUUUGACGAGAUUGUCGCCCUUGGUUACAGGGAGAAUGUCAAUCUAGCACAGAUCAGGACUUUUACUGAGAUGGACUCUCACGAAGAGAAGGUGUUCCGUGCUGUUCGAGAGACCCAGGAGCGUGAGGCAAAGGCUGCAAUGAGGCAAAAAGCAAAGGAGCUGCAGCAAGCAAAGCGGGAUGCAGAGCGUGGAAAGAAAUCUCCAGGCUUUGGUGGCUUUGGCAGCAACAGUAGCAGCAGCACAGCCAUCAUCACAGAGACGCUGGGCGAACCAGAAAAACCCAAACCCACUCCAACACCUACCAGGCCUAGCGGUCCCAGCAAAGCCCUCAAACUAGGGGCCCGGGGAAAAGAGGUGGACAACUUUGUGGAUAAACUGAAGUCUGAGGGUGAGAACAUUAUCUUGUCUGGCACUGGCAAAAAACCCUCUGAAGCCUCUAAAUCUCUCCCUGCUCCUGUUAACACAGAGAGCGUGCACCUGCGAAUAGAGGAAAAGAUCUCGCUGACAUGUGGCCGUGAUGGAGGGCUUCAGAACAUGGAGAUACUAGGCAUGAUCACUCUUCGGGUCUCAGAUGAGAAAAAUGGGCGAAUCAGACUGUUCAUCAACAACAAUGAUAAGAAAGGGGUUCAGUUACAGACUCACCCCAAUGUGGAUAAGAGGCUCUUUACAGCAGAGUCAAUAAUCGGCCUAAAGAACCCAGAAAAGUCGUUUCCCCUGAACAACGAUGUCGGAGUACUGAAGUGGAGACUCCAGACCACAGACGAGUCCUUUAUACCCCUAACAAUAAACUGCUGGCCCUCAGAAAGUGGAUCUAGCUGUGACGUUAACAUUGAGUAUGAACUGCAAGAGGAAUCGCUGGAGCUGAAUGACGUUGUCAUCUCAAUCCCUAUACCAUCGGGCGUAGGCGCACCUGUGAUUGGUGACCUGGAUGGAGAGUAUCGGCACGACAGCAGACGGAAUGUUCUGGAGUGGUGCCUGCCUGUUGUGGACGUAAAGAACAAGACAGGCAGUCUGGAGUUCAGCAUAGCCGGCCAGCCAAAUGACUUCUUUCCCGUCAACGUAUCGUUUGUCUCUAAAGGGAACUACUGUGACAUUCAGGUUGCUAAAGUGUCCCAGGUGGAUGGAAGCAGCCCGGUCCGGUUCUCCACGGAAACGUCUUUCGUGGUUGACAAGUAUGAAAUACUCUAAGGAAGGAACUCAUCAAGGGGAGGAAAAAAACUCAACAAACUCGAAGACCAGCUUCAGAGAAUAUCGCACCAGUCGACUGACUGUAAUAUAAACCCAAUAUGAGCUAGAGAGAAAGAUAGAGCAUGAAAAUGUUUUUUUUUUUUUUUUUGCCUUCAGGAGUUCUUCAACAGGACUUGUACCUUUUUCCCCUUUCCAAAACAACAGCAAAAAAAAAAAAGAAAUCCCUGUCGCUGGCAGUGUUGGCUUUAUUUGUAUCUUUGUACAAAAGUAAAUAGUUCUAUGAAGUGAUUGGUUUAAGAUCAUGAACAAGAAUGACAUGACCAAACCAAUCAACUGGAGCUAACGGGAGAUUAAUUUAUACAAAUCCACCCUGUCUUUUCUCAGUUGUAUAGAUUAUUGAGGUUUACUCGAGGUUAAUCUAAUUUAGCAUUAAUGGUAAAAUAGCCAGUAUCAUGGUUCAUGUUUUCUACUUAAACCUGCUUACAUUUUUUUCCUGGAAUUCUGCUCCGUCUGGAAUCCCUGCACUGUUGUCUUUUCCUGUCUUCGCCUGAAAGAGCCACCAUUGUCCUAUCUACUCCUUUCCUGCAUUAGCAGGAGCAUGUACUAUGAAAUGGAUCUCAUUUUGUGCUUCUGUGUAUGUGAACCCCUCCCCCCCUCCACACACACACAUGUCUGUCUUUCUACUGGAGAAUGUUUUUUUUUUUUUCCCUGUUAAUCUUUAAUCUUUGAUCUGCUAUGAAGUGGCCUGCUGCACAAGCCUCAACUUGUAUCUGGUUUAUCUGCAUUAUCACCCUCACUUUUCCUUGUAAGCCAGUGCACGUCGGAUGGCACUGAAAUCAGUUUUUUUGUGGUCGGCAUUGUAAAGAUCCAGUACACUUUUUUUUUUUUUUUUUUUUUUUUUAAAUGUUUGAUUAUUGACAAGGCAGUUGAUGUACUGAAAUUUUGGUUACAUGAGUGAAUACACAUCUGUGCUGGUGAUGAUUUAGGGUGUGCGAAUGCAAUACAUAUGUUUUGAGGCUUGGAAAUCAUCUGGAGUCACGUUUACCAGUCAAUUAGAAAGAUGGCCUAUAAUUUUGGUGACGGUUUCAGUGCACUGUGAUGAACUGAGAGAUUUGAAGUGUUAGCUUAAACGUCCUAGAAGGAUUACAUAAAAACUACCUUAAAUUUUUGAACUUUUUUAGCAUGUUUGCUAGCACAGUUUGACGUGUUACCAGAGUUGGGUGUAUACUGGAUGUUUUUUCUUCUUGAUUGUUUUUGACUGACAGGUUUUAGGAGCUUGUUUAAAGAGUAGUUCAGCCAGGAGUAAAAAAAAAAAAAUUUACAUAAAUUGCCCAUUAUUUCAUUGGUUGCAAGUUAUUCGGUUAAUGUAGCUAAUGGGUGAAGAUCACCUGAUCACACCUUUCCAUUUUUUUU